AUGGCCAACGGCAAGGCUCUGUAUUCUAUAGCUGUAGUCGUCGUUGGCUUUAUCUGCUUCAUAGUUGGAGCCAUUGCCGUUGGGUUACCUAAGUGGGGACUCUUUUAUAGUUAUGAUACUGAUAUUCAGUACACGUCGCUGUCUGUUUAUUUGGAGAAUCCACACUACGACCAGGGCUACUUUGGACCAUGGAGAGUUUGCAAGAAACUUCUUUACAACAGGGAAAAAUGUGGAUCAGACGUCUCAAAGUUCCAGCCGCUUUCUGCGGUAUACUUCGCGGGCGUAAUAGGUGCGAUUGGCGUUUCGCUUUUAGGCGUCUUCUGCAUACUGUCGGUGCUCCAACUCGCCAUGAUCUCAUCCAAAGAGCGCGUUGGACUCAAAUACACCAACUUGGUAAUGCUGAAGAUGACGUUGGCGUUACUAGCAGCGUUGCUGUCUAUAGCUGCCGCAGGCCUGUUCGCUGUCCAAGGCGAUGACAGAGGGUUCCGGGUCGAAAGGGGAGAAGCUUUUUAUGUUCAGAUAACCUGCAUCGUGAUAAACUCCCUUCUCUUUAUAAUGUCGGUGUAUGACACACUGUAUUCGCGGCGAGUCGGCGGCGACCCGACCAAUCCACUCGGGGAACCUCAAGGGACCACUAUUAAUAACCCUGGCUUUAAAGAAGGUCGAGGGAUAUCAAUGACAGAUGCAUCAGGGAAGCCAUACAGCACGAACGGGCACGGCAGCGUCGCUUCGAUGAAUACCACAGCUACAACCCUGACAGGCUUAUCAGAUGUCAGCACUAUCACCAGAUCACCGCUCAGAUCCUCGCUCAAGAAGCCAAGACCUCGUGAAGGAGAACCAGGAGGUUUAGGUAUUCAGAAUCCCGGCUACUCCGGUCAUUCGCCUCCCCUUAAUCGAAAUGGUAGCCAGAAGAAGGUACGGAUACAAACGCACAGCACUGAAGUUUAAUUCUUAGAUUAAUUUUAUUUGUUAUAAACUAACUAAGGAAUCUCUUGUCAAUGAUAUUUUCCUGUAAAUAUUGAUUGAGAAAAUCGUUUAGAGAAUAAUUUAACCAUUAGGUUAUAAUUAACUGUGAACUUCAGGUGAUUAAGACCUUGUGCAACGUUGGUGCUGCAUAGCACUAUUAAUGUUGCUACUGAGUUACUUUUAUUGCUGGUCCGUUUAAAAAACUGGCCAAAUAAUUACUUCCAUAUUUAGUGGCAAAACCACAAGUUGCCACAUCACAUUUUUAACCUACUAUCCUGUGUUUAUAUCAAAAAUUUCGACUGAAGUACUUGAAUCCAUGCCAUGCAAAAAUUUAAAAAAGCGGCUAUCCGCGUUUUAAAGGGUUAUUUGUAAAAUACUAACAACUAUCAUUCAUACUAACAUCAUACGCAACAACUUUUGUCCCAUAUCUAUGUCCAUGACCGUUUAUAAAAGAUAAUAAAUUAUACCAAAAAUGAACUUAUAAGUGUUUGUUGCACUAUCUGACACUUUAGAUUUGUAUCUUGUAGUAAGUUCAAUCGUGCAAGCGUUGUAUCCGACGAUGCAUAGUUAUCAUUCUUUAGAGCAAUCUAUUUUUUUUAUGAAAGUAAAUUUCAUGAAUUAUUAAAAGUCAUGGAACAAAAGUUGCUGUUUCGGAUGUUUGUAAUGUAGUCCAGUGAGGUCGUUAGUAUUUUACAAAUUACCCUGGAUUGGCUACGCACUGCACAUUGCACAAGGCCUAAAUGGCGUAAUGCAACCGCAAUGGUUUUUUGUCAUUUACCUAAUUCUUUUGGAGUUCGGGUGUUGUCUGUUUUGUUUUUAACGGCCACGAGAAAUGUACAGAUGAUUUUGACUAUGAUCUAAAAAGAAUCUACAUAUCUCAUUAACUGUAAAUUAUUUUGUAUUUCAAUGUUGUCGAGUCCAAUUUGUGUAGUGUAAGUAGAAAAUUAAAUUUUAAGUGCAAACCAAUAUAUUUACAAUUUUGAUAUUGCAGAUUUACAUCCAAUUUCUGUAUAUUUGGCUUGAACAAAGUUCUUUGUUAGUAAUAUCUUUAGUCGACACUUUAUGUGUAAGUAUUUUUAAUCAGCACCAAGUGUUGUAUAAACGCAAUUUUUAUUGUUAUUCUCAGGGAUCGAAAGACAUUUCAGUACCUGCAAAAUUUAACACAAAACACAUUUCGACACGGUAGAAUUUACAAUGUAACAUUACAAUUUUGGUUCUGGUAACAGAAGAAAAAGAAAAACAUUGUUGAUUCUUCUUAAUCUGCAUGCUUUUUGUGUUCAGUUUUGCAUGUCUGGAAACGAUUAAAAUGUUCGCCUGUCUCGUUCCCUGGACACUCUUAUUCCUAUACAGGGAUUUUUGCACAUCUGAGCAAAUUUUUUUGGAAAAAUUGUUUGCUAUAUAUCAAAAUCGAUUUGAACACUAUGUACUCGGAAAUAUUUUUAUAUUACUUUACAUUAUAUUAUGUAUUUUACGUUUCUGUACAAGAAUGUUGUUAAAUGAAAAUGUUAUGUUUCCAAUUUAAUUAUAUAAGUAGGGAACAAACAGCCCUUUAAAUUAUUUGCCUGAAUUUGAAAUGAACCCCGUACUUUUAUUUUAAAGAAGUUGUUAUAACGACCUUGCUAUACAUAUUUCAAUCAAACUAUCACAAUGUAAGAAUUAUUAAAUAAAUUUAGUUACAAUAAGGUUAUAAAACUUUCUUAAGAAGUAUUGUAUGUACACAUUAUGUAUUGUAAUGAGCCCACCAUGCUCUAAAUAAGACCCAGAGUGUCUAUUUUAUAAUCGCAACUUUUUUUAAAUUGAAACCAAUUUGACAGACACGUAAAAAUGUUGCCAUCCCUAACCCUCUUUUAAAUAUUAUUUUUUGGGUUAGUCAUAGAAGCGACACCACUGUCCACGUUUAUUUACUGACUUUUCCAGUACAAUCGUGCCUUUUCCAAACAAAAAUACUAAAUAUCUGAAUAGUGCCUUAUCCUUCGCCUUUUAAAAAAAUAUUGACAAAAUAAAGACUUACCAGUUGUUUUAAUACAUAUUAUCUUAUUUUAUAUGUACAUUUUCAUUAUGUUAUUUGCCCAACGUUUGGAAAAAAUGUUUCACAGGUGGCACACAAUUUCCCUUGUAAUUUUUUUUCUGGCUCCUCCAACUGAAUUACCGAUAGUGUUGAAUCCCACCUUACAGCAGCCCCAUUGUAAAAAAAUAUAUGAGGUUUAGUCACACUUCAAAUUCAAGGAUCGCGGCCCUGAAAGACUCUAGACCCUCUGUAUACAGACUUGUAGUAGAUGCUCAGAGCUGACGAGUGGUGGUCAACAAUUAAGCAGCUGUAAAGUGACUAGCUGUAGGACAAACAUAUGUAUUACUACUUUUUUUCACUGAAGUAAAAAGUAAUAUAUUUCUUCCUAGCUCCCCGUCAGCGUUCCAUGACUGUGGAAGAGAAAUUUGGGAUGUUUCACCUAUGAGCAAAUAAUAAAAUGAAAAAUAUAUUAAUCCUUUCCAGGUUUAAUUGUACCUAUUUAACACGUAACUUUUAUUUGUAGUUCUACAAUUUUAAAUAAGGGUAUUUCGUUUUUACUAUCCGUCCAAGCUCUGGUCUUAAGUUUAGUUUUCAAAUUAUUACUUUGAUGUAUAAUAUAGAUUACUUUAAGUAUGAAAUGCAUAAAAUCAGAGUGUUUAUUAUUGUUAAUUUUGUAAAGUUGGGACCUACUGAAUAUUUUAAUGUACUUGCAUAGCAAUGUUUACUUUUUGGCUUAAAACCUAUUGCAAAAAGUUUUAUUUUUAUAAUGUAAACAUAACUGAAAGUUUAUUGUUGCUAAGUCUAUAGCAUUCCUUUUCUUAUAUACAAAACUGGUUUUUAUUCAACAAUGUUAACAGUGAUAUCUGAAUCUCAAACUUCAAUAUAAAGUUCUUGGAAUUUCCGUCCUUUUGCAAUAUAUUAUGUAUAUUCGUGAAUGAAUUCUGCUGAAUAAAGAAAAUUUUAUAACGGAAC